GGAGGGGGAAGCCUGUCAUUGGUCGCUGUCUCAGUAGGGCUAUAAAAGUCGGUGCUCUGAUGAUUGUCUUUCCUCUUUCCAGACACAGAGCUAACAAACAUACUAGGAUCAAGUUCCAUCAUGGUUCACAAAGUAGCAGUGAUCGGGGCAGGACCCUGUGGUCUGACCAGCGUAAAGGCUUGUCUGGAUGAGGGCAUGGAGCCAACCUGCUUUGAAAGCAGUGAUGACAUGGGUGGACUGUGGAAAUUCAAGGAAGUGUCGGAACCAAACAGAGCUAGUAUCUAUCGUUCCCUUACUAUCAAUGUGUGGAAGGAGAUGAUGUGCUACAGUGACUACCCAAUCCCUGCAGACUACCCCAACUACAUGCACCACUCUAAAAUCUUGAACUACUUCAGAAUGUAUGCAGACCACUUUAAACUACUGCAAUACAUUCGCUUCCAGACCAAAGUGAAGAGUGUGAAACAGAGACCGGACUUUUCUCGCACUGGUCAGUGGGAUGUGGUGACUGAGACUAGAGAUGGAUAUGAGGAGAACCACAUUUUUGAUGCCAUUAUCUGCUGCACUGGCCACUUCAACUAUCCUAACCUGCCACUCAAAGACUUCCCAGGAAUUGAGACAUUUGAAGGAAAAUACUCCCAUAGCUGGGACUACAAGGGGCCUGAAGACAUGCAUGGGAAGAGAGUUGUGGUCAUCGGCAUCGGCAACUCAGGGGGUGACAUCGCGGUGGAAGGCAGCAGAGUUGCAGAGCAGGUGUAUCUGAGCACUCGUAGUGGUGCUUGGGUCAUUCGUCAGGUUUCUGACAAUGGUCUUCCAGUGGACAGGUUCAACACACGCUUUGUCCAUAUCAUGUUCAGGCUGUUGCCAAUGAGAUUUCUCAACUGGCUUGGUGAGAAAAAGCUCAACUCCAUGUAUGAUCACGCCAUGUAUGGCCUCAAACCCAAACACAGGCUCUUCAGCCAGAUCCCAGUGAUCAAUGACGAUCUGCCCUUCCGGAUUUUGUCUGGGUCGGUCAUCGUCAAACCAAACAUAAAAGAGAUCCGUGGUUCCACUGUGGUGUUUGAUGAUGGCAGUACUGCAGAAAAUGUGGACUUGAUUGUGUUUGCCACAGGAUAUAACUACGAUUUCCCCUACUUGCCAAAAAAUGCCAUAUACAAGUCUGGGCACCGUAUUGGACUGUACAAACAUGUUUUUCCUCCAAUCCUAGAGCAGCCUACCCUAGCUAUUGUGGGUUUUAUCCAUUCUGACGGAGCCAUCAUGCCUCAAGCUGAAAUGCAGGCCCGUUUUGUCACUCGUGUCUUCAAAGGACAUAAGAAACUGCCCUCAAACCAGGCCAUGAUCAAAGCUGUUGAGAAUGACACCAAGAAGAUUGCAAAAAACUACGUUGUGUCAAAGUUAACACCUCUGCAGGUGGACUUUGUUGAGCACAUGGACGACUUAGCAAAGGACAUUGGAGUGCAACCAAAUCUCCUCUGGCUCUUCCUCACAGACUUCCCUCUAUUUAAGAAAGUUCUGUGGGGGCCUGUUACAGCCUACCAGUACCGGUUGAUGGGACCAGGAAAAUGGGAGGGGGCCCGAAGGGCAAUCUUCACUCAGUAUGACCGCAUGUACCAACCUCUAAAAACUAGACAGCUGAAUGCACAACAGAGUUCAACGACAGGUUUCCUGAUCAAGCUUAGCUUGACAUUCAUGGCUGGAGGAGCUGCAAUCUACUACAUCCACCGCAACCCAACCACCAUCUCCACCCUCAUGUCCAAGCUGCGUCCACAAUCAGUGUGAUUGAAUGAGAAACCCAGCACCAGUAUCUCA